AUGUCAGAUUCCAACACAACCCACUUCACCAACCCCUCCGUCUUCAUCCUGCAGGGUAUCCCUGGCCUGGAGUCGUCCCAUGUCUGGAUUGCCAUCCCCUUCUGCGUCAUGUACAUCAUAGCCCUCUUGGGGAACUUCACCAUCCUCUUCAUUGUGAAGACGGAGUCGAGCCUCCAUGAGCCUGUGUACUAUUUCGUCUGCAUGCUGGCCAUGACUGACCUGGUCGUAUCCACAUCCAUGCUGCCCAAAAUGCUGGGCGUCUUCUGGUUCAAUUCCAGGGAGAUCGAUUUCAAUGCCUGCCUCACUCAGCUCUAUUUCUUUCACUGUUUCUCAACAAUAGAGUCUGGGAUCUUCGUGGCCAUGGCGUUGGAUCGCUACGUGGCCAUCUGCCACCCCCUGCGACAUUCCACCAUCCUGACCAACCCCGUGGUGAUCAAGGUCUGCCUGGCUGUGGUGCUGCGUGCUGGCUUCAUCAUACUGCCCUUUGUCCUCCUGGCCCGGCAGUGGUCAUAUUGUAGAUCGAAUAUGGUUCCCCAGCCAUACUGUGUGCACAUGGCCGUGGUGCGGCUGGCCUGUAGUGAUUACAGCACCAGUAGUUACUAUGGACUCUUUGUGCUAUUCUUUAUUAAUGGACUGGAUGUGAUUUUCAUUAUUGUGUCCUAUAUUCAGAUCCUCAGGGCCAUCUUCAGACUGCCCACCAAGGACGCCCGGAUCAAAACUUUUGGGACCUGUAUCUCCCACCUCUGUUCCAUCAUAGUGUUUUACAUCCCAGGUCUCUACUUCUCCCUCUCAGGACGAUUUGACAAGAAGAAGCCUCCCCCUUUCCAAGUUCUUAUUAACAACCUGUACUACUUGAUGCCCCCCAUACAAAGAGAUGCUAAGAAGGCUCACUUCCUGACAUCUGAGAUCACUAGGCUGAUCUACUGUGUCAAAGGACACACUGAACUUUGUAAGAACACACGUAUUUGUCCUGAGACCAUCAUCCUAGACUCCAAGUACAAAAGUGGAAGUCGGGACAACCUACGAUACAUGCAAGAAACACUGUUGUCUCUCAUACUUUGA